AUGAUGAACAACGGUUUCCGUUGGAUGCUUCACUUACCAUCAUCAGUAAUUGAAUUCUCUCAAGAAGAGUUCUUGCUCUUUCACAGAACAGACAGAGAGCUCUACAGCGUCCUUGUGUUCACUCUCUCACGACAUCCACUUCAAUCUCUACGGGUUCUUGCGUUCUGGAUUUGGUUAGAGCGCCUGGGGUAUCGCGGAACGAUCCAGAAGAUUCUACGUUUAGUUCUCCCGGACAUCAACCGAGUUGCUGACGAAGCCGUUACAUGCUUGCUAUGCAUCUCCAAAGUAGCUUUCUUCCCUUUCAAUGACAUACCUGUUAUGAAAAGGCUUAUGGAUGAAGAAAUCUCUCUUGAAAUCUUGCACACACAUCGGAUUUUAGUACUUCAAGGUGUAGACGAAACAGAACAUGAUGUGUGUCGAAAAGCAGUGGGUGAUUUAAUGAGUGAAGGGUUCCGACUUCAAAGAUACAAUGCCAUGCCGUUAGGGCCAAGAUCGUAUAGAAGAAGAUGA